AUGCUCACUUCAGUCUUCAGACACAAUUUUCUGCUGGUUUGUGUGUUUCCCCACCUGCCAGAAGGGCCCGCGCUGGAGGCGGCGGUGUCUGCGGCGCCAAGUUUUGUAACUGGGGCGGGGUGGCCGCGGGCGGUGGCCUUGUUUACUGGCGCCGCCGCCGCCCUCGCCCUUCUGCACACGCAACUCGCCAGGAAGGGCGCGGCAGAGCCAGGAACAGAGCAGCCAGAGGACAGCCAUGAAGUUCGUGACGAUACUUGCGUUGGUGCUCAUGCUGGUGGCUGUAGUCCUUUGCGCCCCCGCGGGAAGCGACUCCGACCCGACGGAUGCCGACGAGGACACAAGGUCCAACCUGUUCCUGCUCAAGAAGAAACUGUUGCUCAAGAAGAAGCUGCUGCUGCUCGGCUGAUGUCCCAACAUACGCCAGCUCGUCCUGGUCAUAAUUCAUCACAGCGGAGCAUCACAAACACAGCGCCCGCCAUUUACCUUCACCUGUUGCUCAACGGCGACAUAUUGACUCUACAGUAAUUUACUGUUCCGCUUCGCAUCAUUUGUUUUAUAGUCGUUAGAUACAUUGCUUUUGUACAAAAUUGUAUAUUAUGUUCCGCUAGGUAAUAAAUACUUAGUAGUUAUUAGUCA